AUGGUUCGCGAGACCAAGCUCUACGACCAGCUCGGCGUCAAGCCCGACGCUACACAAGAUGAGAUCAAGAAGGGCUACAGGAAAGCCGCGCUGAAAUGGCAUCCAGACAAGAACAAGGACAAGCCCGAGGCCGCUGAGAAGUUCAAGGAAUGCUCACAGGCCUACGAGAUCCUCUCGGAUCCUGAGAAGCGCAAGACAUACGACCAAUACGGCCUCGAGUUCCUCCUCCGCGGCGGCGCGGCGCCACCUCCUGGCGAGAACCCUUUCGCAGGCGCCGGGGGUGGUGGUAUGCCCCCCGGCUUCGACUUUGGCGGCAUGCCCGGCGGCGGCGGCGGCGGUGCCCGGACUUUCCACUUUAGCACCGGCGGCGGCGGCCCCGGCGGAUUCAACUUCAGCAACCCCGAGAGCAUUUUUGCCGAGUUUAUGCGCGGCAGCGGCGGUGGCGGCGGCAUGGGCGAUGAGGAGGAUUUCGCUUCCAUGUUUGGCGGUGGCAUGCCUCGAGCCGGCCCCCGGUCCAGCCGUAUGCGCAGCCAGUUUGGCGGCGCUGACCCCUUUGGUGGACCUCCUCGUGCGGCCACACCCGAAGUCACGACUGUCGAACGGGCGCUGCCACUCACACUUGAGGAGCUGUUCAACGGCACAACCAAGAAGAUGAAGAUUAAGCGCAAGACGUACGACGACUCGGGCAAGAGGACGACGACAGACCAAGUCCUCGAGGUCCCGAUCAAGGCCGGCCUGAAGAAGGGCAGCAAGAUCAAGUUUAAGGGAGUUGGUGAUCAGGAGGAGGGUGGCAAGCAGGAUCUUCACUUUAUCGUGGAGGAGAAACCGCACCCGCUGUUCGUCCGGGAGGGCGACGACCUGAUUCACACCGUCGACCUACCCCUUAAGGAGGCCCUGACAGGGUGGAAGCGCACAGUAACAACCAUCGACGCAAAACAGAUCAACAUCGAAAAGACCGGCCCGACCGGACCCGGCUCAUCAGAUACAUACCCGGGGCUGGGAAUGCCCAUCUCCAAGAAGCCUGGCGAGCGGGGCAACUUUAUCAUCAAGUACAACAUCAUAUUCCCCAAGACCCUGACGGCCCAGCAGAAGCAGCAGCUCAGGGAAAUCCUUUGA